ACGACUUUUGGAAAUGCAGAAAACGACCUACUACGACAACUCGACGCUUUAUGGAGGUUACUCGUACCAAGGGGCCAACGGCUUUGGCUAUGAUGCCCCACAACCGGCCUUCCAGUCCUCGGCGCACCUCGAUGGCGACUACCAGAGGUCCGCCUGCUCGCUGCAGUCUCUUGGCAACAGCGCCCCUCAGCAGCACACCAAGACCAAGGAGCUGAACGGGAGCUGCAUGCGCCCCAGUCUGCCACCUGAACACCACCCGCCCCCCCAGGUCUCCCCUCCACAGAACCCCGUCAACUCCACCGCCUCCACCACAGCACAGCAGCCGGGCGGCAGCGGGGGUAACGGGGGGAGCACAGCUAAAAGCACCCCCAAGUCGUCAUCUCUGCCCCCCAACCCAACCAUCAGCAAGCAGAUAUUCCCCUGGAUGAAAGAGUCGAGGCAGAACACCAAGCAAAAAACCAGCUCUCCCAGUGCAAGUUCAGCUAACGAGAGCAGUGGCGGCGAGAAAAGCCCCCCGGGGUCGGCGGCCUCCAAGAGAGCGCGCACAGCCUACACGAGCGCGCAGCUCGUGGAGCUGGAGAAGGAGUUCCAUUUCAACCGCUACCUGUGUCGACCACGGCGCGUGGAGAUGGCCAACCUGCUGAACCUCAGCGAGCGGCAGAUCAAAAUUUGGUUUCAGAACCGGCGCAUGAAGUACAAGAAGGAUCAAAAAUCAAAAGGCAUGGGCUCUUCCUCAGGCGGCCCGUCCCCUACCGGAAGUCCCCCCCUCCCCAUGCAGUCUUCUGCAGGCUUCAUGAACUCCAUGCACUCAAUGGGCAGCUAUGACGCCCCCUCCCCGCCAUCUUUCAACAAGCCCCAUCAGAACGCAUACGCCAUGUCCUCAGCUUACCAAAACCCCAUGAAAAGCUGCCCCUCGCAACAGAAAUAUGCCAACACAGCGCCAGAGUACGACCCUCACGGGCUACAGGGUAACAGCAGCUACGGAACACCCAACAUGCAGGGCAGUCCUGUGUACGUUGGAGGGAACUACGUAGACGCGAUGCCCACCACCGGGCCAUCCAUGUACGGCCUCAAUCACCUGCCACACCACCAGUCGGGCAACAUGGACUACAACGGUGCCACGCAGAUGUCAGCGAGCCAGCAUCAUGGACCGUGCGACCCCCAUCCAACGUACACGGAUCUGUCAGCUCACCAUCCUUCUCAGGGUAGAAUCCAGGAAGCACCCAAGUUAACGCAUCUGUAGCAGGUUUGGAAUAAGUGAAUCGAAAAAAAAACACUAACCCAUGGGACGAUGCAAUGGGGUUGACAAAGACGAUCCAGUGGUUUCUUGCAGUGUCCAUAGACAGUUGUAUUGAUGUUGUCUCCAUCAAGUGUAAGACCAUUGCUCAUAAUCGUUUACAUUCGUGUUUAUUUCACUACAUUUCCCCCCUUUUCUACAGCCUGCCCCAACCAAAACCUAAAGAAUUUAAUGGAUAUAAUGCGUAGGUGAUAUAAUGGAUGUGUUGUACGGGAAAUGAACUGCCGUGUGACCUCUUGUGACUCGCGUUGCAUCACCGUAACUAUUUGUAUACCUCGUCAGCAUGAAAGCCAGUGCUGACGUCAUGGUGGUUCAUGCAUAGUCUAUGGAUAACUCCCACAGUAGCCUAGCCUAUGCGCAGCUCACACAGCAGUUUGCUACAUGGAAUUGGCGCAAGCAAACCACUGGAUUGUUUUAGUUCUCUUCCCUUUAUUUCACAUUACCUCUCUUUUUGAACGUCUCACUAACAUUGUUUUGUUUUUUGUUUUCAUUUUUUUUUUAAAUCGGUUCAGGCCAAGUCACAGAUCACCAAGCGACUGUUUUAUGCUCGCUUAUGGAGAACAAAGUAGUGUUACCUCCCUUUUUGUACUGGGCCAUAGGGUUAAUGAUUUAUUGUUGUCCUUUAAAACAUGUGCUACUAUGGGCAAUGCACAGAAAGGAUGAUUGUUAUAUGUUGUCAUCGGAACAGGGUAUAAAAAGAGUUGAGAACUUGUGUAGUACAGACAUUCAAUCCCCCUCCCCAACCAGUGUAACCCCUCCCUGCCCCCUCCCUCUCCAAUCCUUAAGGGUUCACUUACAUUAACCACCACUAAUGCGAAAAGCCCACAUUUUCUCAUGUCUUGACUUAACGUGGAAACAGGGUAUAUUUGAACAAAAUGCAUGUCCGGGAAAGCAGAGAGCGGUAGACGGCUCAGUUUACGCUAAUGCUCUCUUGUCUGGGCAUCAUUGUUGCACUUAGAGUUUACAUUUUGAUGGGUAAGGAAAAAUAAAUCUUAUUUUGAAAUGGAAGACCUCCAAUCAGCGUCUUUCGGUAUGUGUGUUCAAGUGAACAUUCAUAAAUAUAUAUUUAUUUGUUAUAGCCAGUUUAAAUACAUUCUUUUUCUAUUAUUUAUCCCCCCAUGUAUUUAUAUCAAGAAAAAAAUGUACUUUUUUAGUAUUUACCUGUUAUAAAGACGUUGUGUUCUUGUCAUUGUAACAAAUUAAUUUUUAGUUGUUGUAUUUUAGAGACAAGUAGUUUAUGUUACCCUUGUACAUAAAUUAUGUCUUGACUUGUACAGGGGGCGAGGAGCGGAAUCAGACCGGUCCUACAUAGUCGAGAAUUAGACAAAGUAUAGAACACUUUUUUGAGAACUUCUUUUGUCCUUUGUAGCUACUUUUAUUUCUCUUGGUAAGAGUUGUCUGUUGAACAAUUCUUUAAUAAAAUGUUAUGUUAUUCACUUCUAUAUCUGUUCU